CACCUGCUCCCGCCUCCCGGAGCCCCGACCCGGCCCCGCCGGCCCUGCCCCCUGCGCCGCCCGCCCCCCGUGCCCGCGUGCGCGCCGGCGCGCGCCCAGAGGCCGAGCGUGGAGGAUGCGGCGAACCGGAGCCGUCCCGAGCCGCGCGCGCUGACCGCCUGCCCGGGAGGAGGAGGAGGCGCCUAGACGGUUGCCUCAUUUCUUGUUUUCCCUCUCCUGCUCCACCACCCCAUCCCCUCCCCCAUCCCCCGUAAUUACAUUGGCUGCUGGAAGGGACCGGGAGAGACGGAGGAGGCGCCUGGUGGCCCCCCGCAAGCCAGCCACCCCUGCUCUUCCCCCGUCCCGGGCCAGGAUGACUGGAGUCUUUGACAGUCUGGUGGCUGAUAUGCACUCGACCCAGAUUGCGGCCUCCAGCACCUACCACCAGCACCAGCAACCCCCAAGCGGCGGCGGCGCGGGCCCCGGCGGUGGCGGCAGCAGCGGCCUGCACAAGCCCCAGGAGUCGCCUACCCUUCCGGUGUCCACCGCCACCGACAGCAGCUACUACAACAACCAGCAGCACCCGGCGGGCGGCGGCGCGGGGGGCUCGCCCUAUGCGCACAUGGGUUCCUACCAAUACCACGCCAGCGGCCUCAACAACGUCCCUUACCCGGCCAAGGGCAGCUACGACCUGAGCUACACUGCCGCCUACACCUCCUACGCGCCCUACGGAGCCAGUUCGUCCCCAGCCAACAACGAGCCGGAGAAAGAGGACCUGGAGCCUGAAAUCCGGAUAGUGAACGGGAAGCCAAAGAAAGUCCGGAAACCUCGCACCAUCUACUCCAGUUUUCAGCUGGCGGCCCUGCAGCGGCGAUUCCAGAAGACUCAGUACCUGGCGCUGCCCGAGCGAGCCGAGCUGGCAGCGUCUCUGGGCCUCACUCAGACUCAGGUCAAAAUCUGGUUCCAGAACCGCCGGUCCAAGUUCAAGAAGAUGUGGAAGAGCGGGGAGAUCCCGUCGGAGCAACACCCAGGGGCCAGCGCCUCGCCCCCUUGUGCUUCGCCGCCGGUCUCGGCGCCGGCCUCCUGGGACUUCGGCGGGCCACAGCGCAUGGCGGGCGGCGGCGGCCCGGGCAGCGGCGGCAGCGGCGCGGGCAGUUCUGGCUCCAGCCCCAGCAGCGCCGCCUCGGCUUUCCUGGGGAACUACCCGUGGUACCACCAGGCCUCGGGCUCCGCGUCACACCUGCAGGCCGCGGCACCGCUGCUGCACCCUGCGCAGACCCCGCAGCCGCAUCACCACCACCAUCACCACCACAGCGGCGGGGGCGGCGCCCCGGUGAGCGCGGGCGCGAUCUUCUAAGGCCAAGGAGACCGGUCAGAGACUGAGACGGCAGAGAGGCCAGGG